CAAGAACCGGAAGAAGACGUGCAUCUGCGCUUGUUAUGACUGGGCGCAGGGAAAUCUUCACCGCUGAAGGGGUUGUUGUUUCAGGGCUGCUGCACUGACAAGCAUAAAAGACUUGAGUCCCUGGAUUUGACCCUGAAAUGACGCGUGUGUGAGGAUCCCCAGCUGCACCUUGCACUUCCUCAUGGACUCCAGCAACGAAGAGGCGCUCGAUAUCAUCGUCACCAAUGUGGUCGCCACUUUUAGGACCAGAUGCCACCUCAACCUGCGCACCAUCGCCUUAGAGGGUACCAAUGUUAUCUAUAAGCCAGAAGUAGGGAAAGUCCUGAUGAAGCUCCGGAAGCCUAAGAUUACAGCAUCAAUCUGGUCCUCGGGGAAAAUCAUCUGCACUGGAGCCACGAGUGAAGUGGAGUCGAAGCUCGGCGCUCGCAGGUUAGCACGCUGUCUGCAGAAGCUGGGCUUCAAGGUGAGGUUCUCGGCCUACAAGGUGGUGAACGUGCUGGCGGUUUGCUCCAUGCCCUUCGCCGUCCACCUCAUAGAUUUCACCAAGAAGAAUCGACCCAUCGCCAGCUAUGAACCAGAGCUCCACCCUGCUGCCACCUACAGGAUCAAAAGCCUGAAAGCCACGAUUCAGGUGUUUUCCACUGGCAGCAUCACAGUGACAGGACCAAAUGUGCAGAACGUGGCGACCGCAGUGGAGCAGGUGUACCCGCUGCUAUUCGAGUGCCGGAAGCCACGCUGCCCAUGAUCACAGGAGCGGGACAGAAGAAGCACCUUAUCCCGGGAGAGGCUCCCAAAGUACCUGCUCACAACAUUUCAGUCCAGUGGUUGAUUUUUAACAGCCUUAACGCGUCUUCCACGUGUCUCGUGAGGACUCUUAUUUUUAGUGGGUAUUUUGUUGGCGGUGAGAAGGCGAUCGAUCGCUGUGGCAACGCUGAGGGAGUGGCCCUGGCCCCUUCAGUGGAAGAGUAACUAAAGACCAUGUGUUUGUAUUUUACUCCAUUUAGACUUCAAACUCUUGAAAUGUUACACACGCUUGCCGCUAAUAUUCGGUUGCAUUUUAGCCUUCCUCUUACAUUUUAAACCUUUUUCUGUGGGAACUGUUGCACAAACUUCUACCGUUAUUUCUCUCGUGAAUCUGUUUUUUUUUUCUUUUUUUGCUGUAAAUAAUUUUGUGGCAGAUUCGUGUUGAGGUCGCAUAGAAGACAGAAACCCAGGCGAACCGUCAGCUCCGAUUUUAAGCAUUUCCGAAAACCAACUUGAAUCAUGGGUGUCUGUACAUAUUUGUCUGUAUCUUAUGAGAUGAAAUGAGAGUAUGAACUUCUGUACUUAUGUCUCCACAGUCUGCUCAAGAUUUGUGGUACUAUUUUGUAUUUUGUAUGAAAAUAAAGAUAAAA